CCCUUCUCCCCACGCCCCCUUCCCGCCAUCCCUGCAUCCCCGUCGCUCUGCGCCGCGCGGUCCCCCGGUCCCGCGUCCCUUCCCGCCGCUCGCAGGCCCCACGAGGGACAGGCGCGGCCCCCCCGCCCCCGGGAUGGGACUUUGUCGCUUGAUGAGCUUCUCGUGUGGGGACCUCGUGGCUCCUUCGAGUCCGCGCGAGGUGCCUUGAAGGGAGCGGCAGGAUGUCCGCCUCUGCGUUUGCAAGUUGUGUUCUGCGGAGCGUGCAGGGGGGUCCCUCCGGGUUCGUCUGUAACGGAAUCGGCUUUAUGUACUCUCGGUUCCGUGACGGGAGGGAACAGUGUGCAGUUUUGUUCGCGGCGCCCUCUGGUCCUGGCUGAGGAUGGGGCCUGCAGGAGGCAGUGGGGCCCCACACUGGUCCUUUUCCUUCACAUCGAUCCAGGGUUUCCAAGAGUACUGAACAAAGUGCUGUCAGUUUUACGGCUCGUUUUAGAAAACGGAGGUUUUGUCCCUGACACUGGCCAGUCAAGCGCCCUGUUGCAGAAGCCGGUGCUUGCCCGCCCUCUGCCCCCCGCAGGCAUCCACCCACCAGAGGCCUCGCCCCAGAUGGUGGAGAAAGUCCGAGGACGUGUCCUGAGCGCUCUGUUCCUGCGAGUCUGAGCAGGACUCCCACAAAUCGUGUUUCACAGAGCUUCACCCCUCCCCUGCCAGAGACCUGGGGCCUCGCUGGCACUUUGCUCCUUCACCUUCCUGCCCCCGGGGCCUUCCGCCUCUCUGACCUUCACGUCCUGGACCGAACGUCCCGCCCCCAGAGCUCGCCCCUCACGGUUUGCUGCAGUGGGUCGGGACGAGGAGUGUUUCCCACGUUUCUGGUGUUCCGCACGCCGUUAGCUCUGUGGAUAUUUGCCGAAAGAUUGGAAGCCUCUGGAAAUGCUUCAGCUCUUGAAUUUCAAGAUUCUUCUAUUCAGAUCCUGCCGAGGGCCCUAGAGAUAAGGGAUUUCCUGGGGCGCAAGGCCAGCCCCGAGGCCCCCACCAGGCAGGGCAGCUUGGUGCCCCUCGCACGUUCCCUGCCCCUCGGACUGCGCUCUGCUCUGCUCUGCUCUGCUCUGCUCGUGGCUGAAGCAGUCCUGACCGUGAGGCGAGCGACGAUGGCCUUCAUGACGCUGACACUCUUCCCCAUCCGGCUGCUGCUUGUCCUGAUCGCGAUGCUGCUCGCCUGGCCCUUCACGUUCUUCGCCACGCUGGGGUCCUCGGAGAGGGAGCCCGAGCCGUCCCCGGCCUCGUGGCGGAAGGUCGUGGACGUCCUGCUCAAGGCCAUCAUGCGCGCCAUGUGGUUUGCCGGAGGCUUCCACUGGCUGGUGGUGAAGGGGCAGCGGGCCCCACCCUCUGAGGCUGCCAUCCUCACUCUGGCACCCCAUUCCUCCUACUUCGACGCCAUCGCCGUCACCAUGACGAUGUCCUCCAUCGUGAUGAAGGCAGAGAGCAGAAACAUCCCAAUAUGGGGAACUCUGAUAAAGUACAUCCGGCCGGUGUUCGUGUCCCGGUCGGACCAGGAUUCCCGCAGGAAGACCGUGGAGGAGAUCAGGAGGCGGGCACAGUCGAAUGGAAAGUGGCCACAGAUCAUGAUUUUUCCGGAAGGAACAUGUACCAACAGGACGUGCCUAAUUACCUUCAAGCCUGGUGCAUUCAUCCCGGGAGUUCCUGUCCAGCCUGUGGUUCUGCGGUACCCGAACAAACUGGACACCAUCACGUGGACGUGGCAAGGACCUGGAGCGUUGAAAAUCCUGUGGCUCACGCUCUGUCAGUUUCACAAUCGAGUGGAAAUCGAGUUCCUUCCCGUGUACAGCCCCUCGGACGAGGAGAAGAAGGACCCGGCCCUGUAUGCCAGCAACGUGCGGCGCGUCAUGGCAGAGGCCCUGGGCGUCUCGGUGACCGACUACACGUAUGACGAUUGCCAACUGGCCCUGGCGGAAGGCCAGCUCCGUCUCCCCGCGGACACCUGCCUUCUCGAGUUUGCCCGGCUGGUGAGGGGCCUGGGGUUGAAACCAGAAACACUGGAGAAAGAUCUGGAUAAAUACUCCGACCGGGCCCAGACGCAGGGGGGACGCAGGGUGGGCCUCCCCGAGUUCGCCGAGUACCUGGGCGUCCCCGUCUCAGACGCACUACAAGACCUGUUCUCCCUGUUUGAUGAGAGUGGAGACGGCACGAUGGAUCCUCGGGAGUAUGUCGUCGCCCUGUCCGUCGUCUGCCGGCCGUCCCGGACUCUGGACACCGUCCAGCUGGCGUUCAAGAUGUACGGGUCACAGGACGGCUGCGUCGAUGAAGGCGCCCUGUCCAGCAUCCUCAAGACUGCCUUAGGCGUGGCCGAGCUCACCGUGACCGACCUCUUCCGGGCCAUCGACGAGGAGGAGACAGGGAGGAUCACGUUUGCCGACUUCCGCAGGUUUGCAGAAGCGUUCCCCGACUUUGCAGAGGACUACCUCUACCCUGACCAGACGCGUCCUGAGAGCUGCCCACGGACGCCCCCAGCUCCAGCCCCCAACGGCUUCUGUGCUGACUUCAGCCCUGAAAACUCGGGCGUUGGGAGGAAACCUUUCCGGAAGAAACUGGACUAGGAUGCAGGUUUCUGGCAAGAUGAGGCGUCUCCGUGGCCCAGUCACCACCCGCCUCCACGUGGCCGUGCGCCCGCCGGCCUCAGGCCCAUCCACAAGACUUGGGCUCGCCACCCUGCUCCUCCGUGGACAGCCCUGCGUGAGGGAGGCCGCGUGGCCGGGUACCUGUCCCCGUCGCCCGGACCAUCCUGGCUCGUUUCCACCACGGUCUCUGCCACGUCCCCGUUCGUGUCCCUUCUCGGCGGCUCGGCCGACGGACGGGCCUCCACGUGCACGCGCGACACACACUUGAGACCAGGGCACGUCACGCGCGUUUCCAUCGCAGCACAGACCGUCCGCUGACCUUGGGGGGUCACAGGCUGGCAGGGCCGCAUCUAAUUUUAAACGUUUCUGUAUCUGUGGGCGCUCACGGGCGUUUUAUAAACUUCGUUUAGAUACUU